UGGACCAAUUCUUGCAAGCGAUCAAUCAACCAUAUUUGUGGCAUAUUCUUGCGCAAUCCAACCACCAACGCUCAAAACAUAAAACAAAAAAAAAUCCCUCAAACUAAACCUCCAUUGCUCGCCACGUUCGAGUUCGUUGUCGCCAUCAACAAGCUUCCAAAUUCUUGAAACCAGUUAACGUCAACACCCGCCUAUGAAAAACAUCGCCGCUACGCCAGCUGGGAGGUGGAAAAAUCCAGUCUUUUGAUCAAACGUAUAAUCCAAAUUAAGGAUUUUCCUUCUUCUUGCUGUUAAAUUAAGUUCUUGAUUUUCACAAUUUUCUUUCUGGUUAAGGAUUCUCGAUGACCAUUGAAACAGUAGUUUUCCUUCUGAUGUUUCGAUGAUUCGAGAAGAUGGGAUUUCUUGAUAGUUUGUUGGGUGUGAUAGGAUUUGGGUUUGGGAUUCCGAUAGGAAUUGUUGUGGGAUUCUUGGUGUUCAUAUACUUCGAGCCCACAGAUGUAACCAAGGAGCUUGUAAUUCAGUCGGUCAAUGAAUUUGAUUCGAACUCUAUAGUUGAUAUCGUGCCUAAGCUUCCACUAUGGGUGAUGAAUCCAGAUUAUGAGAGAGUUGAAUGGUUAAACAAAGUAAUCCUUGAAGCAUGGCCAUAUUUUGAUAAGGCAGCGUGUGGGAUUAUUAAGAGCACGGCAGAAGCUAUCUUUGCUGAGUAUAUUGGGAAGUUUCAGAUAAAAUCGAUCAAUUUUGAACGCCUUACUCUUGGAAGCCUUCCUCCCAAGAUUCAUGGUCUGAAGCCCCAAGAUUCUAAUGAGAACGAACUAGUUCUUGAUCUCGCACUGAGAUGGGCUGGGGAUGCUGACAUUGUUCUGGCAAUAAAACUAUCGUCUCUCCAACUAGCUAUCCAGGUUGUAGACAUUCAAAUAUCAUCAGCAACGAGGGUCGUUUUGAGACCUUUUGUACCAUCAUUCCCUUGUUUUUCAAGCAUUGCCGUUUCCCUGAUGGAGAAGCCAAAGAUAGACUUUGGACUUCGAAUCAUGGGAGGCGAUAUCAUGUCAGUACCCGGUGUGUACCAGAUCGUACAGGAAGUUGUGGCGAGACAAGUUGCUAAGCUUUAUCUCUGGCCCCAAACGUACGAAAUAGAUAUCCUUGAUAGUUCAAUAGGAGCUACAAAGAAGCCUGUGGGAAUACUGCAUGUCAAGGUUGUAAGAGCACACAAUCUCUUAAACAUGGAUUUCCUGAGCACCUCUGAUCCCUAUGUUAAACUCAGCCUCACAGGGGAAAGGCUCCCUCUAAAGAAGACGACGGUCAAGAAGAAUAAUCUUAAUCCCGAAUGGAACGAGGCCUUCAAGCUGACCGUGAAGGACCCCGUGUCCCAAGUUCUACAGCUGCAACUCUAUGACUGGGAAAAGGUUGGAGCUCAUGAUUAUCUAGGAAUGCAGGUUGUUCCACUGAAUACGCUCGUUCCAUAUGAGAAGAAAGACAUCACUCUUGAUUUGCAGAACAGCAUGGACCCGAACGACCCUCAUAACAAGAGGCCACACGGCCAGAUUACAUUAGAGACGACCUUUGUUCCUUUCCUCGAAGACAGCAAGAAAUUCAGUGCAUCAUCCGGUUCUUCAGGAAACGGAAGUUCAAGAACCGGCCAUGAAAGCAUGUCGUUGAGUGGAACGGGCCUGCUCCUCGUUAACGUCGUGGAGGCUAAGGAUGUCGAAGGGAAGAGCAACCCGAGCAACCCUUAUGCCACAGUCCUCUUCAGAGGCGACAAACGGAGAACUAAGACUGUCAAGAAAACUCGGAACCCUUAUUGGAACGAAGAAUUCCAGUUCGUGCUAGACGAGGCUCCCGUGAAAGAUUACAUUAAGAUUGAGGUUGUGAGCAAGAGACGGCGCAUGGGAGUCGCGUUUAAGGAAUCGUUGGGGUACGUAGAGAUUCACCUGGCCGACGUAGUCGAGAAUGAGCAUAUCAACAACAAGUACCAUCUGAUCGAUUCAAGAGACGGAAUCAUGCAUUUGGACAUAAGGUGGAAAGUUAUAUAACUGUUUUGUUGAUUCCAUAUGGAGAUUUUUGUUUUCUUUGAAUACAUACAUACAUGUGUAAGUUAUCACAAAGCCUCUGAAAUCUAUAUAUAUAGAUAUAGAUAUAUAUAAAAGCUCAACCAAGUGCAAAUAUUUCUUCCA